AUGGAAGCUGCAGAACGGCCCCACUUGCCGGAGGGCAGCGGCGGGACUCAAAGCCAGCAGCCCCCGCACCUCCGAAAGACCUCUAAGAUGUCCCGUGACGCUUGGGCUCCGAUGGCGGAGCAGGAGGCUGGUGAGAUCCCCUGGGCAAGGGGCACAACGGACCGCUUUCAGGUAUCCACGAGAGAAAUGCAAUUGAACCGAAGCCUGGAGGAGAGCGGAACAGGUGCGCAGGUGUGCGGAAAGGGCCCAGAGGAGCCGGGCGCGAUGCAGGUGUUCCCAAAGCAAUGCUCGGAAGAAGGCAGGAAGGUGAAUGCUCUUUUGUACAGGCUGGAAGAAGCCAAACUUAGCAUCGUCACCAGCCAGGGAGAGUCCCACCCCUCUGACUCUCCGGUGGCCUCUGAAAGGAAAAGGGAAAUGACGGACCGCACUUGGCCUUGGGCUCAAAUAUAUAACUUUGGCUGCCAGCAAAGCUGGGAGAGAGAAGCUGCAGAUGGGAGCAGAGAGACGAUCGAUGCUCCCCGGGGACCCCUGAGGAGGCAGAUAUCCCGGUCAGAUUCAGAGAGCAGCGGCUGUGCGGAAAGCAGGCACGUCAACAGGCUCGUGCUGAAUUCCCCUGCAGAGGAAAGCAAGGCCGGGAUCCUGAACUGGCUGGAUUUUUCUGCAGGGGAGGAGACUGGAGAGACGGAGAUUUCCCCGGGGCGAAGGAGCCAAGAGGCGGAAGAACAAACCUCCGGCGACCCAGCAAUGGUCAUUGAGGGAAGGGGGGAUGGUCUUCCUUGGCCUGCAAGAGCCCCCAAUGGCUGUCACCUAGGUGAAGAACGGAAGCUGGAGGAGCCCGAGAGCGUCAAGGUGGACAAAAAGGGCCUGGAGAUCAGGAGGUCCACCGUUCUCAGCCUCGAUUUGGUUUCUCCCCAGACUAGGAAACCCUCCAAGUGGACCUCCAGCCCCUCCCUUGAGAGCGAGGAAGAUGAGGGGCUCUGCGGCCAACUGGGAUUUGAUCUCUGCAGUCCGGUGGAGAGUUUGCAGAGCCCUGAAACUGAAGCCCGACCUCUGGGAAUCUCCAAGUCUUCUCCAAGCAUGGUUGUGAUGCUGCGGUGUCCUUCUCGCGCUUCCAGCGAAGGCUGCCAGGCUUCUGGAGAAACAGCCUGGGGAGACAAGCCUGUUUUGCCACUGCAGCAAAGAAAGAGAACGAUGCAACAAGAGGAGGAAAAGCCCCUGAAAGUCGCCGACGUGAAGAAGACCUUUGAAAAGCAGAAGCCGGCAGCCGAGAAGGCGGCGUCACCUGCUAGGAAAGGUGAGAUGGGAUCCGUGCGAGGCGGCGGCGGCGGCGGCGGCUCUGCGGGCUCUGCGCGCGAGGAGGAGGCGGCGGCGGCGGCGGCGGAGGCUGCUGGGCGGCAGCGGAGGGCCAGGUUCUUCAAGCUUCACGAGCGGAAGUGCGAACCGAUUAUCAUGACCGUCCCCAGGAAGUCCGACCUCUUCCAAGAUGACCUCUACCCGGACACAGCUGGGCCCGAAGCCGCCCUGGAAGCCGAGGAGUGGUUCGAGGGGAAGAACGCUGACCCGCUCCUCAUCUCCCUGAAACACGGCUACAUCCCAGGGAAAAACCGGGACCUCAAGGUGGUCAGGAAGAACAUCCUGGACAACAAGCCGGCUGCCAACAAGAAGAGCGAUCUCAUCAGCACCCCAAAGAAUGUGCCGGACACCUCAAACCCCCAAAACGAAGCCAAAUUGGAAGAAAUCUUGAAAGAGCUCCGGUCGCUCAAAGACACAAUCGCGCACCAGGACGAGCGCAUUUCCAAACUAGAACAGCAGGUGGCGAAGAUGGCCGUCUGAGAGCCAGCUGGGGUGGGGGGCGGAGAGGGGGCUUCUGCGGCAGGGGGAGGAGGAAGCAGUUCGGACUGUGAGCCACCUGCAGGGCUAUGGAGAGGGAGGGGCCCAGCCAGCCGGCCCAGCCCAGCCCCGUCGCGGCUGGUCAGCGGAAGCGCCUGGCAGGGCAGCCAAGCCCUUCCUAGCAAGCAGCCCCUCCGUGUGUCCUGACAUCUUCGUGGCCAGAGCAGACACUGCCGCCUCCUUCCUCACGCCUGUCCAUCAGCCGGAGGGUCAGCCAUUCCACGGGACCCGCAAGACGCCAGCUGGAAUCCCUGCCGGACUUCCUAGAAUCGGGGACCAAAAUUUCUUGGUUUCAAAACACACACACACACACACACGUUUUUUUCCCUUUUACUUUCGAGUUGCCAAAAUCCAAAACUUUUUAUUGUUUUAAUUUUUUUUCCUUUCUAGCAUUUUUACAGUAUUUUGUAAAAGGUUGUUGCGUAUUUGUGCCAUCUCAGCAACAAAUAAGUUGUGUAUGACUGUUUACUUUCGAGCACCCGGUGCAGCCACAUCACUGCCGGUUCCGAAAGACUAAUUUUAAUGUUCCUGCCCUCCCGAUUUCUGGCUCCCCUGAAAUUUGCGUGGAUUUGAGGGCGGGGAGGCGGCCUUGCUUUCCCACCCGCUGCCGUUCCAAGGGACUGAACCCCCCCCCCCCACUUCCCCCGGAGCGUCUUCUCUCAAAAGCUGGGGAGCCUUUAUGCCAACAUGGGUUGAGCUUUCGUUUAAUCUUAAUCAUUGUGUCAAACGUUGGCAUGCUGUGAUUGCGGAUUUCUGCCUCCAUGUUUCCUGCAGAUGUUUGUUCUAUUUAUCAUCCAGGUGUUACAAGGUUAUAAAAAAAAAAACCCGUGAUGAAUUUGGGACAUUAAGGACAAAUGCACUAAAUUUUGCAAGCUGUU